GGAGGCAGUGCAGCUCAGACGUGUCUAAAAUAUCCUCGCUCUCUUCUCAAAUUCGCGGAGCUGAAUUAUUAUAUCAUAACGCCCACAGUUGUGAUGAUUGUAGAUCUGUUGGAUUUGCAAACUUCUACAUCAUCAGCACACAGGAGCUGGGUCAGCCGAAAGUGAAAGAUCGUUUAGAUAUGUCGGCUGAAUGAACCUGUCCUGGUUAUUAACUCCAGCGCUCGCGCUCGUCGACCUAGACUGACACUCAAACUCCAUUGUUACUGUGAAUGAGCCUGAAGAUCUACCGACACAAUGGACUCCAUCACUAAACCAGUUCUGUACGUUCAUUCUUCAGUCAAGUGUGAUAUCUGCAGAGGACAUCCUGCUCGACACUAUUGUGGUCAUGACGCUUGCAAAGAAUACAUGUACAUCUGCGACAAUUGCAUCUCUGCUCAUAACGCAUACAAGGCACAACACAGGGACUUUCUGCAGAGUGUCGUAGUAAGUGAGGUGAAGAGUAAGUGUUACAAGCCUGGACAUUCAGAGCGCCUUGCCGGUCACCUAUGUGUCCCUUGCCAGAAACCUCUUUGUGAUGAUUGCUGUGAUGACCAUCAUGAACGAGGGCAUCCUUUCACUGAGAUCCAGAGCGCUGUUGCUGCGAUAAAGAUCGAGAUCAGUAAAAGCUUGGAUCAACUAAAAGAUCAAGUGAAACACAGUCAAGAAAUGUGCGCUAAUGCUUUAGACCUUGAGACAAGAGUGAAUGACAAGUUUGAUGCGUUAAGCAAGGAAGUGGAAACAAACAUCGAGAAUGUUUUGCAGCUGGUUGAGAAUCAUAGAAGCAAUGUACUAUGUGAACUUAAAGAUGAAAGGCAGCAGCUGCUCAAGGAUCUACGGCCUUCUAUCACACCUUCUCAGGACCAAACAGCUGCAUCUUCAGAAGUCAUCUUUGUCGCACAAGAAUUUAUUAAUUGCGGAGAUGCAACAGAGAUCUUAUCAAAGCGUGAUAUGAUACUACAGAGCACCAAGGAGGAAGUGGAGCGUGCAGGAAUAAGUGAUGAGUUAUGCCUCAAUCCUGUGAGGAGUAGAAUGUCACGAAUGAGUUUGGUUCCGGAGGUGAGAGCCUAUGACGUGGGUCAGGUGAGAUGCUUGUGGAAGCUGGUGUGUAGUGUUCCAUUGAGUGAAGUGGGUAAAGCGGGUUCCUUUCUAGCGCCUCUUCCCAAAGGUGGCUUUGUUCUAGGAGCAUCACACAAUGUCUCUCAAUCCCAUACAUCUGCAGCAGAUCUGGUUUUUGCUCAGGAGCAGGUUGAAAUGAGCCGCUAUGAUACCAAGCUUUCCAUCUAUGCAGAUAACGGAAAGCUUAUUAACACAAAGAACAUUGAAAUGCUCCUGGGAAAUGGGUCAUUAAGGGGAAUCACUGUUCUUCCUUGCGGUGAAAUCGCUGUUCUUGGAAAACACAUCCAGAUCUAUGGCUUAGAUUUAGAGUUUCUUCGUGACUUUAAACCAGUUGCAGGUCACGACUGGUAUUCCAUUGCUGUUGGGCCAUCUGGCACACUCUUGGCUGGUGAUUGUCUGAAUGGCUGCAUUGAUUUUCUGUCCGCAGAAGGCCUGAUUGAUCACUCCAUUUCAUGUUCUGGUGUGAAACCUAGGCAGCUUCAUGCUUUACCUACUGGAAAUUUUGUCAUCUCACAGCCAGGCAUCGAGGACUCUGGACCUAUCAUCAAGAUUCUGAACCCUGAUGGCAGUGAAGCAGUGUCCCUAUCAAACAAUUCUUGGCAGUAUGUAUACUGUUCCGCAGACAACUGUGGUAGUCUUUACGUUGCUGAUUUGAAAAUAGUGCCGAGCAAAGAGGACAUCGGAAAUACUGAUGCUCCAGGGGCAAUUAAGGCAAGAUUGACUUUUGACAAGUUUACUCAGCACGGGAAAAGAGAGGAAAUCCUGAAAGAUGAGAUCAUUGAAAAUUGUUUAUAUAUCAGCAUUGCUGCUCAAAAGCAUGGCAAUCAUGUAGCGCUGAGUUCUAAAGAUAAGCUUUGGAUAUUUAAGUAGAAUGAAGGGCACAACAGAUUGGAUACAAGCAUGUACAAAGUGUCAAAAAAGGUAAAAAGAAUGUGCUGAACCCCAAAGUAACAAUUAUUAUUCAGAAAUCCUUAUCCCUUAAUACCCAAAUGACUAUUGGGGUACCUCAGGACUCAAUAUUAGGACCAUAAAUUUUUAUACAUAUUUGUUUCUAAUAAUCUUCAGUAUAAACAAGCUUGUAACUAGAGGGGGGUGCGCUGGAAAAAACAGAUUGUGAAUUGAUGGGCCAAGUCAAGCCACCUAAAAAUACCUCAUACCGUAUGUCUUUUUGGUGUUCAAAAUUGUACCCAAAAAUUGAUGUUCAGACA